AUGUCAGUUACAAACAUUGAUAUUGAAGACUCUACCGAGCUUGAUUGGACCAACGAUGAAGAAGAUGUUUGUGUUGACAACAUGGUGAACCUCAUUGAGAAGAAGUAUCCGUUUUCCUCACCCUGUUUUGGCGGUGGCGUAACCAAAGCCGGACUUAUUAGGUUGCAAGAGGAGGCCAAAGCUGAAAUAGGCAACCGCAAAUCAAGCAAGACAAAGGCCUCUACUCCCACUGUGGUACAAGAAUUGUUUGAUGCAGAGGGCGUGGCAGCAGCUGUUAAAGAAAGGGUGCGUGAAUAUUUUUCCAAGCUGGGGAAUCAAAUAUCAAUGAAUCAGGAAACCUUCAGUAGUUUUCGAACCCUUGUUCUGUCCAACAUCAAAGACUUGUUUGAUAAAGUAGACAACAUUGGGGGGAGGAUUACAAUUCUCACCGACCUUGUAAGGAAACAUGAAAAUGUUUCUUUUGCUCAUACUCAAAAGCCUUCAUCUCGCGUUACGUCCGUGGAAGACGCAUCCAUGCAGACCGAUAACGUUGCACACACGAUUAUUGACGAUGCUAUCGCCUUCGCUAACCGUUCAUCCAACCCACUUAACGCAGUUAAAGUGGCAGGGGUUGUUGGUGAUGAGUUUCCGGAGGCAAAGGCUGAAAGGAAAGACAGUUUACAGUCACCCUUUCAACGAGGAAAUAGUCAUCAACACCCACCACCUGAAGCUGAUGAAAUUCCUGAUUCGGUUUACUCUAGAUCCUGCUCUUCUAUUUCCGAAGCCUACUUUCUCUCUUGGGCUAACUCAGGAGGAAAUACCUCAUGCCAAACAGAAUGGCAGCGCACAGCUGUAGUCGAAGAAGAAGAGGUUGUUGAUGAAACUAUAGAUGCAGAUGGUGAAGAAGCAGUUGGUGGGUGUUGGAAAAGCAAACUUCCCAAGGUUCCUCCCAAAACUCUGCUGGGCCACUAUGAAUGUGAUAUACGUUUCUUAAACCAAGCAAGAAAGGCGGUUGCUGACUCUAACAACCUUGGCGGUACUAUUGACAAUCCAGCUAAGUUUUCGGUAAUCCUUGUUAAGAUGAAGGAGGAAUUUUGUAUAACCACUGAAAGAGGUGUUCUCCAGAGCAUCGAGGUUUACGAGAUUGUAGCUAGAACAAACCCACUGUCUCCAGAGGUUGUAGAUGUUCUCAUGUUCCACCUAAGUUCAAUGUUCCAAUCCCUCUCUAAUGCAAACCUACCAGCCACAUCAAUGUUCCUGGAUAGCCAGUUCGCUGCUCAGCUUUCAAAAACGUAUACCAAGUUCUCAAAGGUUACCAAAAAGGAUAGCUUCAAAUUUUCGAGCACUGUCACAGAAGUCAUUAUGGAGAGAGAGUCACUAGGUGAUGUCGACCGUUUUUACUUCCCUUUCAACCUCGACAAAAAGUAUUGGGUAGGCCUAUGUGUCGAUUGCAGUAGCUGGUCCAUCUCUGUGUUAGACAACAACAUAUCUCUGAGGACCGACUACAUGAUGAAAAAGGAACUUCGUCCAAUUGCGCAGAUGUUCUCAUAUUUACUUAAACAGGUUGGUAAACAAGGUGCUGGAAGAGAAGGCAAACUCAUGACACUAGAGAGACCACGAUCCAUCCCCCAGCAUAAUAACAUAACAGACUAUGCAGUGUCUUCUGUGCUGCUUAUCCAAGCCCAUGCCAUUGCGGGCACUGAAGUUUGGAAAUGUAAAACCGCCGACGUCCUUGAUAUAAAGGCCGAAGGACUUGUGGUCACCAUGUAUGAAGUUAAUGUGGGGACGCUAUAG